CUCCAGCUGUGCAGCGCUCGUAAGCUGCAGCGGCUCAGUCCGUCCUCCAGAGGCGGUGCUGGAGUCUGGAGCGACCGACGCGCGGCGGCCACGGCUAUCAUGCCGCGCAUGGGCUUCGAAUAACGAUUAACUUUACAUACUUGGCUUUAACCUGCCGUUUUCACCGCUCUCCGACAACAUGGAGUACUGGAGGCAAUGCGCGAUGUGGCUGAUCAGCUGCAACGUGCUGCCCGCGAACCACCGGGUGACCGCGGACACGGCGCAGGUGUUCGACCUGGCGCAGACCCUGCGGGACGGGGUGCUGCUGUGCCAGCUACUGAACAACUUGAGAACUGGCACCAUCAACCUGAAGGAGAUCAAUCUGAGGCCACAGAUGUCGCAGUUCCUGUGCUUGAAGAACAUCCGCACAUUCCUGACGUCUUGCAAUGUGGAGUUUGCGAUGAAGAAAAGUGACUUAUUUGAAGCCUUCGAUCUGUUUGAUGUUCGAGACUUUGGAAAGGUUAUGGACACUCUCUCCAAGCUCUCUCACACAGCAAUAGCACAGCAAGGAGGCUUCAAGCCAUUCCCAACCGAGGAGAGCCUAAAAGACGAGGACAUUUAUAACAAUCUGGAAGACUUGAUUGAUGAGAAUGCCCUCGAGGACGAGGAUGACUUGUACGCAGCUGUCUACGGCCUGGAAGAAGACAACGCAGGUGGAGAGAUCUAUGAAGACCUCAUGAGGACUGAGCAGCAUCCCCCAUUGAAGCAGGUGGAGGUGGAUGUCCGGAGCUGCUGCCUUACAGAGAUCAAACAGACGGAGGAGAAGUACACAGAGACUCUGGAGUCCAUUGAGAAAUAUUUCCUGAAUCCCCUGAAGAAAUUUUUCUCUGCGGCUGAAAUUGACAAAGUUUUUGUCAACAUCCCAGACCUGGUUAAAGUUCACAAGAGCCUGAUGGUCGAUGUGCAGGACUCCAUCCUGAACAAAAAUGCCUUAAAUCUCUACCAGAUCUUUAUCAGCUACAAGGAGAGACUGCUCAUUUAUGGGGUUUACUGCAGUCGGGUGGAGAUCGCCAUCGCUGUCUUAGACUUCAUUUGCAAAGAGAAAGAAGAUGUUCGUCUGAAGCUGGAGGAGUGCUCAAAGAGAGCCAACAAUGGGAAGUUUACACUGAGGGACCUGCUGGUCGUCCCGAUGCAGAGAGUCCUCAAGUACCACCUACUUCUUCAGGAGCUAGUCAAACACACUCACGACGCUGCUGACAAGAACAACUUGAAGAUUGCCCUUGAUGCCAUGAAAGACCUGGCUCAGUAUGUCAACGAGGUGAAGAGAGAUAAUGAGACUCUAAGGGAGAUCGACCAGUACCAGAGGUCUAUUGAAAACCUGAAUCAGCCCCUAAUCAGCUAUGGCCGACCAAAAGGUGACGGUGAGGUGCGCAUGGUCUCCAGUGUUGACAAGAGGAAACAAGACAGACACAUCUUUUUAUUUGACGUGGCUGUCAUUGUUUGCAAGAGAAGAGGAGACAACUAUGAGAUGAAGGACAUACUCGACCUCAACUACUUCAAGAUCACUAACAACCCCACCUCUGACAGAGAGGGUAAAAAGUGGUGCUACGGGUUCUACGUGACUCACCAGCAGGGGCACACGGGCUUUGAACUCUUCUUUAAGACCAGAGAGCUGAAGAAGAAGUGGCUGGAUCAGUUUGAAAUGGCUAUAUCAAACAUCCGACCAGAGAAAGCCAACCACAACUCCCACCAGUUCAAGAUGCACACCUUUGAAAGGAUCACUUCCUGUAAUUUCUGCCACCUUUUGCUCAGGGGCAUCUUUAACCAGGGUUAUCUCUGUCUCAAGUGUGGGCUGGGGGCUCAUAAGGAGUGUCUGGGUCGACUGGGAGUCUGUGGGAGAACAGAUUCUGCCAAGCCGAAGCCCAAGGAAAGCACAACACCGCCAGACCCAGGUUUACCCAGGAUGGUUGUGAUCAGAGACUACAGUGGCAUCCCUUAUCCCGCCUGUGGGCCCCCACUAAGCAUUUAUGCGGGGGAUGUCAUUGAACUGAUGUUUGCCGACCUGCACAGCUCCUGGUGGCAGGGCAAAAUCCUGGCGACAAGCAAGAUUGGCUUCUUUCCAAGUGAUGCUGUGAGACCUUGCCCAUGUGUUCCAAAACCUGUCGAUUACUCUGCCCAGCUCUGGUUUGCAGGGCCUAUGGAGAGAUACCAGGCUGAGCUGGAGCUCCUGGACCGAGAAAACAGCACCUACCUGGUUCGACACAGGAGUAAGGAGUGCACUGAAUACGCCAUCAGUAUAAAGUUCAACGAUAAAGUCAAGCACAUUAAGAUUCUGACCAAGGAUGGCUGCUUUUACAUCGCUGAGAGCCGGCUGUUCAAGACUGUGCUGGACUUGGUGGAAUACUACAAGCAGUACUCGCUGAAGGAGGGGUUCAGCAGUCUUGACACCACUCUGCAGGUCCCCUAUAGGGAACUUUCCAAUGGAAACAUGCCUCUGGCCAUUACCAAGGCUGGCAAUGUGUUUUCUCCCAGGGUGGUGGGUAUUGCAGUGGCUCGCUAUGACUUCUGCUCCAGAGACACACGAGAGCUCUCCUUGCUGCAGGGAGACAUCAUCAAGAUCUACACCAAGAUGUCCAAUGGGUGGUGGAAAGGAGAGGUCGACGGCAGGGUGGGCUGGUUUCCUUCUACCUACGUGGAAGAGGAGGACUGACUGUUCUGUACGAAUGAUGUCUUUUCGGCGUCCAUUCAAAGCUGACCACCUCCAGUGAGUGCCACGCUGCUCAGCCACUCUCCGCGCCCUGCAAGUCAGAUCUCUUUGAUAAAACCUAGAGACUCGGACUGAAGAGGAAGCGGCAGUGCCCUCAAAAAACCUUCUCCUGCCCUCUGACAGGCUCACAAACAGAGCAGAUGCCAAAUCACAGAUUCCAGGAGCGUCACGCCAUAUCUCGCCUCUCUGCGGUCCUGUCUGCCCCCACAGCCCACUGGGGAGUGCAUGUACUGUGCCCAGAUAACCCUAAGCCCUCCCUCCCUGCUCACCUUGUCUUAUUAUUGAUGACUCCAUUGGCUGGUGUGAGACUUGCCGUCACUGUCUUCAUGUUUCAAUACCAGGAAGGCUCAGUCAUCCAACUGGAACACAGGUCCUGCUGACGGUGCACUGCCCAGGUACUCCACCAAACUGACAUGCAGGAGCUGCAACUGUUGUUGGAACACUAUAGCCCUCUUGGUUGCUUGGACUUUUGUUUUUAACUUUCUAUCUGAGACCCAUUUUAUUUUUCAAAUUUUCAAUCACCGGACGGAUACAAACAAUGUGAUAUUUAAAUGCAAUAGCUGAAUCGUGGUUUGGCGCCUUCGAAAAAAGGGUGGAAAGAUUGCACCGCAGCGUGAAGGACUGAUCUGUCAUCCACAUGUCAUGCGUUUGCAGUCUAUUAUGACUAUAAGUCUUGUGGAGCGAGAAGUGAUUCGGCCACAUCAUGACAGGAAACCACAUGUGGAGAAAAAGCAGUUGAUGAUGUGGUUGUGAAAGGGGUUGAACUGCACAACUGAAAUAGCCAUGUCUCUAAGCUUUCCUCUUCUCUUCUUUUACAUCGCUGUUUGUUUGAAUCACCACCUCAACUUUAAGUACCAUCUUCAUGAAGCAUUAGAUUGGUGCUAAAAUUGUAAAAUUCAUUGUUCCCGCCCAAAUAUACAGCAAUAGUUCGGCAUUUUGGGCAUUUUGGCACUCUCAUACUAGUCUGCUCAAUAUAAAGCUACAGCUGGUUAGCUUAGCUUAUCGUAAUGCCUGAAAACAGUGGAGAACAGCUAGCCUGGCCUUCCCUAAAGUGCACUAAUGCACAUGUUACAUCUUGUUUGUUUAAUUCGUGACAAAACCUAAUUCUUCAAAUUCCUCUCCAUUUGUGGUUUAAUGAGGAACUUUUGAUCAUUAGAGGAAUCCACCCACCAGGGAGGAGGAUUUUGUUACUGUCAAACAGAGCCAGGCUAGCUGUUUGCUCCAUAUUCCAGUCUGUGUGCUAAGCUAAACUAACCACCUACUGGCUGUAGUUUCAUAAUUAGGGGACCAAGUUGAAAGUGCUGUCAAUCUUCUCAAGGAAGCAAAUCAUUUUAUUUCCCAAAAUGUUGAUUUGAGCCAGAACUGACUGGACUCACGUCUGGAUCCAUGAGAGUGAGUACGGUGAAUCAUUUAAAGGAAGAAGCAACACACACUGGGAUAAUGUUUCACAAUGUUAAAUGGCACUAAGGGGAAAAAAAGAUAUCCAGAUCUCAUGUUUGGCUUUGGACAUGUCAAGUCAUCAAAGAGAAAAAAUAUGCACAAAAGGAAUUACAAAGUCAAAUAAGUCUGAAAAGUGCAUGUGUUGUAGGUCCGUACUUCACUGUGAGCUCCUUCAUCUUUUGAUCAUUCACUGUGGAAACCGGAGAGCCAUUUUACAUUCCACAGAUUUUGUGUUUACCUCAACUCUUUUUGGUUUCAGAAUGAAUGAUUCAAGGGUGAUGUAACAGCUGUUCACUGUAGAGCAAGGUAGCACAAGGGCGUUAAGUGAUGCUGUUUUCCUUCAAACGUUAACAUCCCGCUAACCAUGUGUGUGACAUCAAUAUUUAAUAAAAGAAUACUCUUUGAAUUGUAUUUCUGAAAUUUGAUAGGCUAUUUUUCCCCUCUUCAGACAAAUGUAACAUUGCAGGAACAAAGCCUUUCCAGUUGCAUCACAAAUCACAGCCGUGUCUGACGCGGCGGAGGAGGUGCAGUGGAGGGGCUGCCUGUGCUCAAACAGUGGCUAAACAAACAAUGGAAAAAAGAGACGCCUGGAAACAGUUGUGGUAUAGGAACACGUAAGUUCAGUCAAAGUCCAUGUUUCCUUUGUGCAUCUCUGACAGUCUCACCAAAUUUGCAACAAGCAAGCUGCUAUUUGCAACACGGGAUCCUUCCUAUUGUUAGUUUUGUCACAUUUCUCUAAAUAAAACAAACACCAUACCUGCGACCCAGGGA